AUGGGUUCGGUUGACUUUUUUAUUCGAAAAAAGGAAGCACUUCAUAGUGAAAAACGUGUGCUUGUUCAGGCUAGUACUACUGAUAAGUCACUUUUAAUGUCUUCUUAUUUAGUUGCCAAAAGAAUAGCCACAUGUAAAAAACCAUAUUCUGAUGGUGAAAACCUUAUUAAGCCUUGUCUCAUUGAUGUUGCUAGCACAGUCUUUGGUCAGUCUGCUGCAGAUAAACUGAAGCAAAUACCACUUUCAAAUGACACCAUUGCUCGUCGAGUUUGUGAUAUGUCAGCAAAUGUGGAGGCUCAACUCAUUGAAAAACUUAAAAAAUCAAUAUGGUUGUCACUUCAGUUAGAUGAGUCAACUGAUAUUGCAGACAACAGUGUUUUAAUAGCCUAUGUACGGUAUGCAGAUUAUGACAUGGGUGAUGUGGCAGAAGACAUACUUUGUGUGUGUACAUUACAAACAUACACCACUAGCUCAGAAAUAUUCAGAAUAUUAAACGACUACAUUGAGAAUGCAGGUCUACAGUGGAAAUACUGUGUAGGCCUAUGUACUGAUGGCGCUGCUAAUAUAACAGGUAGGCAUUCAGGAGUGGGUGCUAAGAUAAAAGAAGUGUCCCAUCCCAACAUAAUGCUGACACACUGCUUUAUUCACAAAGAGCACCUGGCUUCAAAGAAACUGUCCCCUGAACUCAAUGAUGUUCUUACACAAGCCACAACACUUGUAAAUUAUAUAAAAAACUCUGCUCUGAACUCCAGAUUGUUGGCUGUGCUCUGUGAAGAGAUGGGAUCAGAUUACCAACACCUUUUGUACCAUACAGAGGUAAGAUGGCUAUCAAGAGGUAGAGUGUUAAAGAGGCUUUUUGAAAUGAGGAAGGAGGUAGAAGUGUUCUUACUGAGCAGAAAACAUGAAAUGGCUGGUUUAUUUAAAGAUGAAGAAUGGGUGGCUAGACUUGCUUACCUGAGUGACAUUUUCUCAAAGAUAAAUGAGUUAAACUUGGGUCUGCAAGGAGAAAUGACAAAUAUUUUCACAGCAGCAGAAAAAGUGGAAGGUUUCAAGAAGAAACUAUCUCUGUGGGUUGAAAUGAUUGAAAGAAAUAAUUUUGAAAUGUUUGCAGCAUUCAGUGAGUUUCACCAAGAAGACACUGGCUUUGACUUAGAAGUUGUAAAAAAACAUAUAAAAGAACAUCUUGAAGCACUUUUGAAGGCAUUCCAAAGCUAUUUUCCUGAAGAAAAAGAUCCCAGGAAAGAGAAUAUGUGGAUAGUCAAUCCAUUUAUUGGUCAUGACAACAGCUUGCCUUAUGAAGCCAAAGAAACUCUAUUGGAACUCUCAUGUGACAAACAACUUGAAAAAGAUUUUCAGAACAAAAGUCUGACCAAGUUUUGGAUGAAGGUGAAGGAGGAGUAUAAACACUUACAUGAAAUAGCCAUCAAGUUUCUUCUCUGUUUUGCUACUACUUAUUUGUGUGAAACUGGUUUCUCAGCCAUGACACUUUUAAAAACAAAACAAAGAAACAGGCUUCAUCUUCAGGAUUGUUUGAGACUGGCUGUUACUAAUCUGAAACCGCAGUUGGACAAACUAAUAAAGGAAAAGUGUCAGCAAAAGUCACAUUAA